CCUUUGCCAAAUGCUGCUCCUCUACUCCUCUCUUCUCUGUGCUCCCGUCCCAGCUGACGAAGUGUACUGGGCUCCCGCUCCGCAACCGGCUCCGGCGGCAGCAGCCCACACGUCGGCGACAGUUCCCGACGCAUCCGCUGCGAUCUUCGCGGCUGCCGAUGCCACAUCGCGGCUGCACGCGCUCGACGCGGAUGAAGCCUCAGCGGCAAAUGACAAGCUUUUCGCCGCAUUGGCUUCGCACAACGCCGAUGAGGCCGCGACUGCCGCCAACAUCGCGGCCAACAAGGCUGGCGUUGCUGCCGGCUCGGGAUUUGCCGAGGCAGCGGCCGAGUUUUCAAACUGGCUCAGCACUGAGGAGGGACAGUUGGCGCUUGAAGCUGCCAUUGAGCAUUCCCGGCCUUCGCCCGAAGCUGUGGCGGCAGUGGCCAACGAAGCUGCAGAGCAGACCGCUGAGAUCGCAGAUGUCAAAUCGGGAGAAGCAAUCGAGGUGGGCGGUGUGGCAGUUCCGCUUGUCGCCUCGGCGGUGGCCACAGCGGCUCGGCUACUGCUGACAACGUACCGCCGCCAGGGUCUGGGAGGCCUCGGUAGGAUUGCGCCGCAGCUCCUCACCCCUCUUGAGAUGUAUGCGGCGGACGCCAUCACCUCUGGGCACAUCAAGACGCUGGACCGAAUCCGCUACGAGGCUGCACAGAUCCCAAAUCGCCGGGAGGAGUUCACGGUCAUCCCCAAGGCGGAGGCGGCCAUCGAUUCAGCGCUCCUUUUGGCCACCUCCGCCGGGGCAGCAGCCCACGCAGGCGCCGUCUCGGCGGCCUCGGGCGCAGCUUCCACGCUCACUGACGCGACAAACUCGUGGCGCGUGAGCGAGGACACGCCGGCGACCGCUGCGCCACCUGAUGCCUCGACCCGCUGCCGCGAGAGAGGAUGCAAGGGUGCAGGUGAGUGAGGGCUGGGCACGCCGCGUCAACGCCAGCGCAAAACUCGAAACAAGACACCUUGACAACAUGCACAUAGCAUGUGCAUACGGGGGGGGUGCUCCCCGCCCGCCGUGUCGGAGAGUAGCGACAGAGCGCAGCGAGUCUGAUGCGAAGAAUACAUUGUGUGUCUGUGUGCCUCGUUUGUGUCAAGUGCAUGUUGUAUCGGGGAAAUGACGCGUGCAUUCUCUCUACCC